GGUGGCAGGUGGCGGGAACCAUUUGGGCGGCGUUGGAGGCGAAGGCGGCGGCGGAGGCCCGGCUCUGGGAGCAUUCCGCGGGCUGAGGCCAUGGCUCCGCGGCUGCAGUUGGAGAAGGCGGCCUGGCGCUGGGCGGAGACGGUGCGGCCCGAGGAGGUGUCGCAGGAACACAUCGAGACCGCCUACCGCAUCUGGCUGGAGCCGUGCAUUCGCGGCGUGUGCAGGCGAAACUGCAAAGGAAACCCGAAUUGCUUGGUUGGGAUUGGUGAACAUAUUUGGUUAGGAGAAAUAGAUGAAAAUAGUUUUCAUAACAUUGAUGAUCCCAACUGCGAGAGGAGAAAAAAGAACUCCUUUGUGGGCCUGACUAACCUUGGAGCCACGUGUUAUGUCAACACAUUUCUUCAAGUGUGGUUUCUCAACUUGGAGCUGCGGCAAGCGCUGUACUUAUGUCCAAGUACUUGUAGCGACUACAUAGUGAGCGAUGGCAUCCAAGAAGAGAAAGAUUAUGAGCCCCAGACCAUUUGUGAGCAUCUCCAGUACUUGUUUGCCUUGUUGCAAAACAGUAACAGGCGAUACAUUGACCCAUCGGGGUUUGUCAAGGCUUUGGGAUUGGACACAGGGCAACAGCAGGAUGCCCAAGAAUUUUCAAAGCUCUUUAUGUCUCUAUUGGAAGACACUUUGUCUAAACAAAAGAAUCCGGAUGUGCGGAACAUUGUUCAACAGCAGUUCUGUGGAGAGUAUGCUUAUGUAACAGUUUGCAACCAGUGUGGCAGAGAAUCUAAACUUUUAUCUAAGUUUUAUGAACUGGAAUUAAAUAUCCAAGGCCACAAGCAGCUAACAGAUUGUAUCUCGGAAUUUUUGAAGGAGGAAAAAUUAGAAGGAGACAAUCGAUACUUUUGUGAAAACUGUCAGAGCAAACAGAAUGCAGCAAGGAAGAUCAGACUGCUUAGCCUCCCUUGCACUCUGAACUUGCAGCUAAUGCGAUUUGUGUUUGACAGGCAAACUGGACAUAAGAAAAAGCUGAAUACCUACAUUGGUUUCUCAGAAAUUUUGGAUAUGGAGCCUUAUGUAGAACAUAAAGGUGGGGGCUAUGUGUAUGAACUCAGUGCAGUCCUCAUACACAGAGGAGUGAGUGCUUAUUCUGGCCACUACAUUGCCCACGUGAAAGACCCACAGUCUGGAGAAUGGUACAAGUUUAAUGACGAAGACAUAGAAAAGAUGGAGGGAAAGAAAUUGCAACUAGGGAUUGAGGAAGAUCUAGCAGAACCUUCCAAGUCCCAGACACGUAAACCGAAGUGUGGCAAAGGAACUCAUUGCUCUCGAAAUGCGUAUAUGUUGGUUUACAGACUUCAAACUCAGGAGAAGCCAAAUGCAUCUGUUCAAGUACCAGCUUUCCUUCAAGAGCUGGUAGAUCGGGAUAAUUCCAAAUUUGAAGAGUGGUGUAUUGAAAUGGCUGAGAUGCGUAAGCAAAGUGUGGAUAAAGGAAAAGCAAAGCAUGAAGAGGUUAAGGAGCUGUACCAAAGGUUACCUGCUGGAGCUGAGCCCUAUGAGUUUGUCUCUCUUGAGUGGUUGCAGAAGUGGUUGGAUGAAUCAACACCUACCAAGCCUAUUGAUAAUCAUGCUUGCUUGUGCUCCCAUGACAAGUUACAUCCGGACAAAAUCUCGAUCAUGAAGAGAAUAUCCGAAUAUGCAGCUGACAUUUUCUACAGUCGAUAUGGAGGAGGUCCAAGACUAACUGUGAAAGCCCUGUGUAAGGAAUGUGUAGUGGAACGUUGUCGUGUGCUACGUCUCAAGAACCAACUCAAUGAAGAUUACAAAACUGUUAAUAAUCUGCUAAAAGCAACUGUAAAGGGCAAUGAUGCAUUUUGGGUGGGGAAGUCCUCCUUACGGAGUUGGCGCCAACUAGCACUCGAGCAACUCGAUGAGCAAGAUGGUGAUGUGGAUCAAAGUAACGGGAAAGUGAAUGGCAACACCGUGACUAAAGAAGAAUCAAAAGAAGAGAGAAAAGAAGAGGAAGACGAAUUAAAUUUUAAUGAAGAUAUUCUGUGUCCACAUGGGGAAUUGUGCAUAUCGGAAAAUGAAAGGCGACUUGUUUCUUUCGAGGCAUGGAGUAAAUUGCAGCAAUACUUCCCCAAGGCACCUGAGUUCCCAAGUUACAAAGAAUGCUGUUCACAGUGCAAGAUCUUAGAACGAGAAGGGGAGGAAAACGAAGCCUUGCAUAAGAUGAUUGCAAACGAACAAAAGACUUCUCUCCCAAACUUAUUCCAGGACAAAAACAGACCUUGUCUCAGUGACUGGCCAGAGGAUACGGACAUCCUCUACAUUGUGUCACAGUUCUUUGUAGAAGAAUGGCGGAAAUUUGUUAGAAAGCCCACGAGAUGUGCUCCGGUGUCGUCGGUGGGAAACAGCGCUCUUCUGUGUCCCCACGGGGGCCUCAUGUUUACAUUUGCUUCCAUGACCAAAGAAGAUUCUAAACUUAUAGCUCUCAUAUGGCCCAGCGAGUGGCAAACGAUACAAAAGCUCUUUGUCGUGGAUCAUGUAAUUAAAAUCACAAGAAGCGAAGUGGGUGAUGUAACCUCUUCAGAAACACAGUAUACUUCUGAUCCUCAACUCUGUCCAGAAUGCAGAGAAGGCUUACUGUGUCAGCAACAGAGGGACCUGCGGGAAUACACACAAGCCACCAUCUAUGUACAUAAAGUUGUGGAUAAUAAGAAGGUGAUGAAGGACUCUGCUCCGGAGCUGAAUGUGAGUAGUUCUGAAACUGAGGAGGACAAGGAAGAAGCUAAGCCAGAUGGAGAAAAGGAUCCAGAUUUCAGUCAAAGCAAUGGAGGAACAAAACGGCAAAAGAUAUCCCAUCAGAAUUACAUAGCUUAUCAAAAGCAAGUUAUUCGACGAAGUAUGAGGCAUAGAAAAGUUCGUGGUGAGAAAGCGCUUCUCGUUUCUGCUAAUCAAACAUUAAAAGAAUUAAAAAUUCAGAUCAUGCAUGCGUUUUCAGUUGCUCCUUUUGACCAGAAUUUGUCAAUUGAUGGAAAGAUUUUAAGUGAUGACUGUGCCACCCUUGGCACCCUUGGCGUUGUUCCUGAGUCUGUCAUUUUGUUAAAGGCCGAUGAACCAAUUGCAGAUUAUGCUGCAAUGGAUGAUGUCAUGCAAGGUAAACAUGAAUUUGUUUUAGGGAUAUCUGUUGAGGAACAGUUGGCAAGAGGUGGAAUUAGAGAGACUGCAAUGCUUUUACCUUCUACCUUGAAAAGACUUCUAUGUGCUUUUAAGGGAGAAUCUUAUAUUAUGCCCACCAAAUUUUGGGAACUGGAAGCAGAGAGAAAAAAUGUAUUAGUCUAACCAGAGGAAAUGAAAUAAAUGUAAGCCUGAAAACAGACAUGCUAAACAAGAAGCAACUCACUGCCAUCAAGUAGAUUCUGACGCAUGGUGAACCCACAGGGUAGGGUAGAACUGCUCCUGCAGGGUUCUGAGACUAACUUUUUGCAGGAGUGGGAAGUCUCGUCUUCUUUCCACAGAGCUACUGGUGGUUAUGAACUGUUGACCUUGCAAUUAGUUGUAACCAAUGUGCCAUCCAGACUCUUAACAAGAAGCAAAUCUAACUCAAAUCUCACUGCUGAGACAGCAGGAACUGGAGGUAGCAGGUACCUCCGAAGGAGGUUUGAGAGGGAGAUGUAGACCUAAACCCUGGACAGUUGGUUAAAAAGCAGUGUCACAUGCAUGCAGUUAGCUAUCUAGCCCACAAACCUUCAUGUAUCCCCUUCCUUCACGGUUUUGUUACUCCUUCUCCACUUUAGAAGGACAAUCAGAGUCAGUGCUGAUCCAUUUCCAAAAACUCCAUGAAGACAUUGAAGUAGAAAGGUGGGAAUAGGCAUUGCUAAAAUGCUGGCUGCCAGCCUCAGCUCCCAGAUAGUAGUAGGAGACGUCUCUUUGGGGAAGUUGGCCAAUUUAAGAGAGUAGUCUACAAAUUUUUUAACACCAGUUAAUCUUAUGGGUACAUUUCAGUGAAGGCCACUUUGAAUACCCAUUGUGAACAGAGCUCCCAGGGAAUGUUUUUAGUACCUCGCCGUUAAACAGCUAGAAAUGGACAGACUGAAGUCUCUGGACAGUGGAGGUACGAGAGCGGGAAAUAAGAGAGGCCCACCAACUAACUGGGAUAAAGGAAGUAACGAAAACCUAAAACUUCCUACCAAAAAAUUUAUAUAUAUAUACAUAUAUAAAGAGCAAACUAAGCUAAGGCUUAUAUAAAAGGGACAUUUGAAGAAAAGAAGAAAUUUGUGGGGAUGCAAAGGCUCCAUGAUACUAAUGAAAACCCAUGCCUGGAAAGAUCCUAAACGCCCUAAAGAAGUGAAGGGAAAAUGAAUCCCAUUCCUGGGCUAAUGGGAGACACCGAAAUGUCAAGAGCACUGUCAAGAGCACAUGAAGCUGUACCCAAGCAGUAUAGAAGAUCAAGAAAGAAUAUUGGCACCAGGCAACCAGAGAUCCAACAUAGGAGGCAUGGCCUAAGGAGAUGGUGAAGGAAAGUCCCAGAAGAGCACAUCCUGUCCCAGAUUGGCGCAGUGGAUGCAGGCUUCUGGAAAGGCUGGCCAUAGGGUUAGUAGAUGACUCUCUUGAGAAGGUUUCUAAAUCCUCAAGAAUGCACAGUUGAAUUAGAAAUAGUUACAGAAAUAAUAGAGCAUAAAGAAUGCAGCAGUGACCGGGCCCAGAGAGAUAGAAAUGUGCCAGGCCGGGAAGAAGUCUCAUCCAGGUGUUCCAGGGGCUCAGCAGUGGGCAGCAUCAGCAGUGAAAAUGAUGUCCACGGCGGAGAUGGGUUUAACGGCAGACAUUUCUGUGUCAGAAGACUGCCUUGGGAGGUAGGUAAUAUGCAAAGCUAAAUUUUAUCUUACCAAGGUAGUCGUCAUCUAAAAUGAUAAGAGAGCAAUACGUGCAUGUUGUUCAAAAAUAAAGAGGUGAGACACCAGAAGAAACAGCCGCCGCUUGUGCAG